AUGGACCAACUACAAGUGGAUUCUCCCGAAAACGCCCCCACAGGCCCCGGAUGCGCCUACUGCGGGCUCGCUUCCCCGCAGUGCAUCGCCAAGUGCGAGCUGUGCUCCCGCUGGUUCUGCAACGGCAAGCUGCACCUGGCUGGUUCCCAUCUUGUCGCUCAUCUUGUGCUUCUGAAGCAUCAUGUGGUGCUGCUUCACGAGGAGCUGGCGUUGGGCGCCGAGACGCUUGAAUGUUACAAUUGCGGUUCCAAAAACAUCUUUUCGUUGGGCUUUGUGCUGGCGAAGCACGACAGCGUGGUGGUGAUUCUUUGUCGAAUGCCCUGUGCUCAACUGAGGGACAUCAACUGGGAAACCAACGAGUGGCAGGCGUUGAUCAGCGACCGCCAGUUGCUUCCGUGGGUGGCCGAGGUGCCCGAGGCGGUGAGGAAGGUUUCCCACGAUCAGAUUACAAAACUCGAGGCUCAGUGGAGAGUUAAUAGAGAUGCUACCAUUGAAGAUAUAGACAGGGUGGACGCCGAGGCGGACGAGCUCAUGCCGGUGCUUUUGCGGUACCAGGACGCGUACCAGUACCAGAACGCGUUUGCGCCGUUGGUGGAGGCCGAGGCCAUCUGUGAUAAGAACUUGAAGGAGCUGCAAGCGUUGGAGCACAUUUCCGUGACGUGGCUGACGUCCCACAACAACAACACCGUGGCGUCUUUUGCGCUCUCCACCCACGAAAAGUCGAAUUUGGUUGUGGCCGUAGGCGACGAGAUCAUUCUUCAUCACCGUGAAGGCGGCUUCACCGAGGAUACCUGGUCCGGAAAGGGUUUUAUUGUGAGCCUCCCGUCGGCACGCCUGGAGGAGUUUUCCUUGGAGCUUUUGCCCGGAAACCCCGAGGCGCCAGUUCACGCUACCACCGGAUUUACCGCAGAAUUCGUCUGGAAAGGAACCUCCUACCUGCGCAUGCAAAAAGCACUCAGAGUGUUUGCCACCGAAGAAGAGUCCGUAUCGUCUUUCAUCUACCAUAAGCUCCUUGGCCACGAGGUGGUGCCGGUUGUGUUUUCCACCAAAGCACCAAAACAGCUUUCAGUAAAGCGUCUUGCCAGACUUAACGAUUCCCAGGCCAACGCCGUGGCGACCGUUUUGCAAAGACCGCUUUCGCUCAUCCAGGGUCCGCCCGGUACCGGUAAAACCGUCACCUCCGCCACGAUCAUCUACCACUUGGUCCGUCUCCACAAACACAAGGUUCUUGUUUGUGCACCUUCCAACGUCGCCGUGGACCAUUUGGCUCAUAAACUCGACACCAUCGGCAUCAAGGUGGUGCGUUUGACGGCCCGGCUGCGUGAGGACGUGGACUCGCUGGUUUCGGAGUUGGCGCUUCACCAGCAGAUCGAGCGCAAGGCUCCUCCCAAGGUCAAGCGUUUGAUGAAGCUCAAGAAAGACGGUGAGAAGCUUUCGGAAGGAAAGGAAAAGAUGAUUUUGAACACCACACGUAAGAUCGAAACGGACAUCAUCCAGAACGCUGAGGUUGUCUGUUGUACGUGUGUGGGAGCAGGCGAUUUCCGUCUCAACGGCUUCAACUUCCGUUCGGUGUUGAUCGACGAGAGUACCCAGGCCACAGAGCCCGAGGUGCUUAUUCCGAUCGUCAAGGGCGCCAAACAGGUCAUUUUGGUCGGUGACCACCAGCAGUUGGGUCCUGUGAUUAUCGACAAAAAAGCCGGCGAGGCCGGGCUCAAACAAUCGCUUUUCGAGCGUCUCAUUGCAUUGGGCCACCUGCCCAUCCGUUUGGAAGUCCAGUACCGUAUGAACCCUGCGCUUUCGGAGUUCUCGUCCAACAUGUUUUACGAGGGUUCGCUUCAAAACGGUGUCAACCUGGCUGAAAGAGCAUGGAGAGGCCUGACCUUCCCCUGGCCUGUUCCCGACUGCCCCAUGAUGUUCUGGGCCAACUACGGUAAGGAGGAAAUCAGUGGAAGCGGCAUUUCGUACCUCAACCGUGUGGAAGCCAUGAACGUUGAAAAAAUCAUUACUAGACUCUUCAAAGACGGUGUACGUCCUGAACAAAUCGGUGUGGUGACGCCCUACGAGGGCCAGAGAGCCUACAUUGUCCAGUACAUGCUGAUCAACCUGUCGCUUGUGGACAGAAGAGCGCAGUAUGCGGACGUGGAGGUGGCUUCUGUGGAUGCGUUCCAGGGCCGUGAAAAGGACUUUAUCAUUCUCUCGUGUGUUCGUGCCAACGAAGACAGAGCCAUUGGUUUCCUCAAAGACCCACGUCGUAUGAACGUCGCCUUGACCAGAGCCAAGUACGGCUUGGUCAUUUUGGGUAACCCCCGUUCGCUCUCCAAGGACAAUUUGUGGAACUACUUGCUUAUCCACUUCAGAGAAAGAGGGUGUCUUGUGGACGGACCGUUGGACAACUUGCAAAUGUCGAUGGUGCCGUUGGGCAACCCGAACGAGAAAAAGCAACGCCAGGAGAUGCCCCGGGCAGCUGCACAGGAGUUCGACACGCAGAGCAUGCUUUCGUACGUUGAAGAAAGCGGAGCGCUUGAUGACGAACAGAAGUGGCCUCGGCUCAAUGGAGAUCUUGACGAGGACAUGCGCAAGGCGGCCGAGAUGCAGCGCCUGAAGCUUUCCCACUCCGACGUGAAGCUCAUCCUAUGGCUCAUAGUCCAGAUCAAGCCGUUCAAGUACGUGGGCGACCGCACCUUGAGCCAGAGCAGAAAGUGGGAUUUGAUUCAGCAGCGGUUUGAACACGAGAGAAUGAAAGUCUCCCUGAACCAUGUUGUUCCCACGGUGAGAACGCUACAACGACAAAUGGCUGCCGCUCUACGGAAAGCAAAGAAUCGCAAACUCGCCUCUGACUACAAGCCCUACGCUGUGUUUGAAAUGCUCCAUCCCCGGCUGCUGCUUCCUGACUUGGAGCUAGCGGUUUUGGAGCUUCACGACUUGAGCGAAGCGUACAAAAGCGGACAGAUGGUGGGACCGUUACCGCCGCAUGUCAAGGACGAAGUUGAUCCACAUCUUGGCGACUUCAAACGACGCCGACUGCUGGGAGCGUCUCAGCUUUCGCUGCUGCUGGCGUACCUGGGCUACUCGAGCCAGAUUCUGACGGAACGGUUGGAUCUGCUGCUGAUCUCCGAGGACCCCACCACGGUGGGGCUCUUGCGCAACAUCAUGUCUGAAAACCGCCGUUUCCACGACGAAGUUGUCCAUAUGAUGAGACGACACGCUGCGGUGAUGAACUCCCAGCUCCAAAAAUUGACGGAGCUAAUGGAGCGGCCCGAAAACAGCCCCAGUCCAGCCGGCAGCGAUCACAUGGAGGCCGAAAUCGAGGGGACCCAGCCGGUUACAGAGAAGGCCGAGACGACCGAGAAGGCCGAGGUGGCUCCCGAGCCUCAGAAGCCAGACAAUGUCCCUGUCAAGGAGGAAAAAGUCAGUUCGCUCCGGGAGGUGCUUAAUUGGUGA